AUGUCGUCGAACCCGUUUAGACGAAAACCGAACGAUGGAACACCUUCAGUAUCAGGAAGAACGUCAUUGGACAUCGACCAAGAACGAUUGCAGCAAGUAGCACAACAGGCGUUUGCGGAUGGAGACGACGUCUUCGAACAAGCCGGAAGUUCCGGACCAACAACAGUACCGGACAUCCGGCCGACUUCAACAACAGCGCAGGUCGCAACUAAGGCACCUGAAAGCAUCCCGGAAUCUACAGAAGAUGGGGUUACCGAUGAUAUAAAGAAGCCGUCUGUUGAAGUUACAGAUAAAGAGAAUAAACUUGAGAAUCAUGUUGAGGACCUGGUUAAGGCAAUUCCUCCCGUCAUACCAUCAGAUGUAUCUGAAAAGCCAGCCAGCCAACCACAGAGCAUUCCUCCUACCCCGCCUCCAGCUCGGCCCGCCGCCCCUCCGGCCCCUCCACGGCCUCGGAGAUCCGUUAAAAGACCCCGCGAAGAAGUUAUGAUAAACAAACCGAUUAUACAAGAGGCUCCUAUAGCCGAAGUACUGACUCCGGUAGCUCCGAGUAAUAAUGAUCCUUUUGCAGAGGCGAAAUUGAAGGCGGAGUCAGAAGAUGUUGGCGAGGACGAUGAGAGCUCGAUAUACGAAAUCAAAAAAGAGGAUGCCGAAAUCGCAUCUGUAAAAUCGAUAGAGUCAGAAUAUGAAGAAAAUAGUGCCAGUGAGGUUUCUGAGGUGCCUACGACUUCUGCAGCAUCGCUUUCUGUGAAAACAGUUGCGUCUGAACCCGAAUACGCUGCCACAACUACAUCUCCUCAAACUCAGCCUCCCAACCCUUUUCGAAAGACUACAGAUUCCGACAAUAUCGCUCCGAUCUCUCGCCAAGAUUCACUAGAAAAUGAAAGAAAUGAUAAGCUUGAGGCACUACCUCCGCCAAUAAAGUUUGGAAACCAGCAGGCUGGUGGGCAGGGUUCUAAGGCCAAUCGACAGUCUCUCGAUGUGGACGCUUUUAAGCGUCUUAUGCUUACAGGCCAGGCAGUCCAGACACCGGACUCCGUAUCGACCACGGAGACAAGCAAUUUAUCAAAACAAAGUCUUUUUAACAAUAUAGAACAAUCAUAUACUCCAAGGAGUAGCCAAGAUACCGGCAGAAGUGCAUAUGAAACCGAAGCAGUGGAACCGCCAACCCCCAAGGCCACAACUACUGCGACACCACCGACACCCAAGGCAAAACCACCACCGCCGAAACCACGAGGGCAGAGAAACAGCAUGCCUCCUCCACCUAGGUCUGAACCUCAAUCCCUCCUAGUUAAGGAAACAGUAGUCGCAGAGGCCGUAGCAUCCGAGGAAGCUCCUACUACGCCUCCAAAGACUCCAAAGACUCCAAGACCUCCAGCACCACUCUCCCGGCGAGUAUCUGCUCAAAUAACUUCUUCGCCCGAAGGCGGCUUUUCCUUCCAGCCAUCAGCAGUCUCUCAAACCCCACCACCUCCACCACCUUUAAGUCGUCGAAACCCCCCAUCACCAAAACAACAACCUACAACCCCGCCAACUGUUGCCCAGGAACCACCACCACCAUUUUCUUUGAAUACGUCACCACUCCAAAAUAAGAAGCCGGCCCCACCACCAGCCAGACGUGGUAGUAAGCGUAUGUCUGCACCUCCUGGUCGCCUUCAAGCCGCCGCUGCAGCUACCGGUCCAACCCUUUCCAAAACAUCAUCGAUGCCAGCCCCUCCUCCCCCGCCGAUUCGAAAGAAAAGUCAACUUUCCCAAUCAACAACUGAAGUUGCAGUAAAUCCAAACGAACCCCCACCAAGGACGAGUAGCAGCUUUGACAUUCUAGAGGAUCUUACAAAACUCCAAAAGGAAGUGGAUCAACUGUUAGGUAGAGUGUAA